AUGGCUGGUCGAAUAUUUGUAAGGCAUUUGACCCAUUGGGGCUGUUGGGUUUCCCGAUGCACGUCACUUCUCUGUUUUUUUGUUUUUUGUUUUGGACCUACGAUUUCUGCUACGUGGGACCAUAACUCGCCAUGUCACUUUACUGUUCUUCCGCCGUUGUUUCUUUUUUUUCCCUCUCUCUCUCCCCCUCUCCUCAUUGUUUGGGUGGGGUGUCUUUUCCCUCGGCCUGCGCCGGGGCGGUGUGGCUCUCCUCGCACAUUUCUUUUGCCCUUUUUAUUGACCAUCUGUUCUUUUUUGCUUUUUUUUUUUUUUUUGAGUUUGUUUAGGAGUGUAUUUUUGUUUUUUGUUGUUGUUCUUUUUUUCGUGUCCGGUUGUGGUCGUAGAGGGGGCGGAGGCAUUCAGCGCUUUUCGAUGGCAAGCGGCCUCCUCCUCCCACUUCGUGAGGCGUUGUUGUGGAGCCUUGUGUUUGUUCUCUGUGGCGCUCCCGUUGCAGAGGCCCACACGGCGGUCUUAACAUUCGCUUUCGGACUCUUGCUGAGCUUGACGAUGCCGAUGGAAUUGAAGGAUAUACGCCAGACGCUACUGGCCGAUGUAAAUGGAAUAUCCGCGUUGGAAAAUUUUUUUAAAAAAAGGGAAGGGAAUCAUUUUCGGAUGAUAGAAACACUUUUGCUGCUCACAGCCAUCCUCUCGGGCGCUGUUUUUACGCAACUGGACUGGGACGUGUGGUUUCAGGCUUGGCCAUUUCCUGCCGUGAUGUCAUUUGCUCUGAUGCGUGCACUCCUGCAACUCGUUGGGCUGCCGCGGCGGGCGCAAGGAAAUAUGAUGGAAAACGUAAUCAUUAACGAAAGAGAAUUGGGGCCUCAUGAAUUGUAG